CUCCGUGUGAGUAGUAUCUAUCUGCGUUGAAGAAAAGCUCCUCUCCCACACUGGCUGCUAUGACCUAGCUACCGGACGACACUUUCUGCUCUCAGGACUGACCGCUACGUCUCAAAUAGUUUUGUUGUUGCGUUUUUUGGCAACCAUACAUUCAACAUACAGUCGUUUAUGGUUGCAUUGCCGCGACUUUUUAAUCGCAACUGCUGGCCUCUGGGGCUAGCAGAGCAGUGACAGAGUGGAGCCAGCUGGUCGGUCAGAGGUACAGUAACGUUAGCAAACAAGCUAAUUAGCCUGGAUUACUGUCUUUAAUCACAGAGAGUCUGCGGUUUUACUCACUACGGCAACAAUGAAGAUAACUGUGGAUUUCGAGGAAUGCUUGAAGGACUCCCCACGGUUCAGAGCCACCAUAGAGGAAGUGGAGGGGGAUGUAUGUGAGUUGGAAUCCAAGCUUGACAAAUUGGUGAAGUUGUGUAUUGGGAUGAUUGAUGCUGGAAAAGCCUACAAUGCAGCCAACAAGCAGUUUGUGAACGGGAUCCGGGAGCUAGCCCAGCAGUCCACCAAAGAUGAGGUCAUCGAGUCCAGUCUCACAAAGUUCGCUGAGAGCCUGCAGGAGAUGAUCAACUAUCACACGAUAUUAUUCGAUCAGGCCCAGAGAUCAAUCAAGAUCCAGCUUCAAACAUUUGUCAAAGAUGACCUACGUAAAUUCAAAGAAGCCAAGAAGCAAUUUGACAAAGUGAGCGAGGAAAAGGAGGCGGCGCUAAUCAAGAACGCACAGGCGCCCCGCAACAAGCAACAUGAGGUGGAGGAGGCCACCAACAUCCUCACUGCCACACGCAAGUGUUUCCGACACAUCGUCCUCGACUACGUCUUACAGAUCAACGUGCUACAAUCAAAGAGAAGAUCAGAAAUCCUGAAAUCAAUGUUGUCCUUCAUGUACUCCCACCUGACAUUCUUCCACCAAGGAUAUGACCUCUUCAGUGAACUUCAACCUCUGAUGAAACAGCUUGGUGGACAGUUGGACCAGCUGGUGGUGGAUGCUGCCAAAGAGAAGAGGGACAUGGAGCAGAAACACUCCACCAUCCAGCAAAAGGCUGCUCUGCAGGACGUGACUGAGCUCGAGUCUUUACCAGACUGCCGCAACUUUUCUGCUUGGAGGUCGACCUCCGACUUCUCGAAUGACGACACCAAACUGGAGUACAAUGUGGAUGCAGACAACGGCAUCGCAAUGGAGGGCUAUCUGUUUAAGAGGGCCAGCAAUGCCUUCAAGACGUGGAAUAGGCGUUGGUUCUCCAUCCAGAACAAUCAGCUAGUUUACCAGAAGAAAUUUAAGGACAACCCUACAGUGGUGGUGGAAGACCUGAGGCUUUGUACCGUCAAACACUGUGAGGACGUAGAACGUCGCUUCUGUUUCGAAGUGGUGUCACCGACCAAGAGCUGUAUGAUGCAGGCAGACUCAGAGAAGCUGCGACAGGCCUGGAUCAAAGCCGUCCAGAACAGCAUCGCCACCGCCUUCCGUGACAAGGGAGAUGAGGGCGAGAAGCUGGAUAGGAAGUCGUCCACGUCAACAGGGAGCCUGGACUCUGCCGGGGAGCCGAAGGAGAGACCACUGAAAGGAGAGAGUGCCCUGCAGAAGGUCCUGGCCAUCCCAGGAAACACCUGCUGCUGCGACUGUGGCCAGCCAGACCCCCGCUGGGCCAGCAUCAAUCUGGGCAUCACCCUCUGUAUACAGUGCUCUGGUAUCCACAGGAGUCUGGGAGUGCAUUUCUCUAAGGUUCGGUCUUUGACUUUGGAUUCAUGGGAGCCAGAACUUCUAAAGUUGAUGUGUGAACUGGGAAAUGGAGUGAUCAACCAGAUUUAUGAGGCUCGGCGAGAGGAGCUGGCAACCAGAAAACCCCAGCCUGGAGAUCCAAGACACGAGGUGGAGGCCUACAUCAAAGCCAAAUAUGUGGACCGCCGGUUUGUACGCCGGCCGUCAGACGAGGAGCUUCGCAACAAAGUGGUUUCUCUGAGCAAACAGGAGAAGAGGCUGAGCAGCAGCUCUGAGCAUCUGCCCCCAAGACCACCACCACCCACCCCCAAACUCCGUCCCGGUCAGUCAGCUGUUGCCAGCGGCACGGAGACCCGCCGCGACUCUCUCUUCUGUCCUGACGAGCUUGACUCGCUCUUCUCCUACUUUGACAACUCUGCCAAGCUCAGGAGCAUAAAAAGUGCAGACAGCGGCAUCCAGAACAGUGCUGAUGGGAGCAGGGAGAUGCUGGCCAAAACCCCCUCCAAUAACAGCCUGACAGAUGCCGACGCUGCUGAAUCUCCGCCCAUGCCCAUGCCUGCCACACUGCCUCCUCCGUCACCCUGUAAGGAGAUGGUUUUCUAUGAGCCGAAGGAGUACAGCUCAGGUCUGCAGCUGUACUGGGCUGCAUGUGCCCGCAGCCUGCCGGACAUGUCUGAGGCACUGGCCCACGGAGCCGAGGUCAACUGGGUCAACACGGAGGACGACAAGAGGACGCCGCUUAUCAUGGCGGUGCAGGGGGGUUCGCUGGUCGCCUGUGAGUUUCUGCUCCAAAAUGCAGGUAAUGUGAAUCAGCAGGACGCUCAGGGCCGAGGACCCCUCCACCACGCCACCAUGCUGGGACACACAGGGCAAGUGUGUUUAUUCUUGAAAAGAGGAGCAAAUCAAAAUGCUGCAGACAUUGAUGAGAAAACCCCUCUGACAAUCGCGGUGGAUGCAGCCAACGCAGACAUCGUCACACUGUUGCGACUGGCCAAGAUGAACGAGGAGAUGCGAGAGGCGGAGGGGCCCUACAGCCAGUCAGGAGAUGAAACCUACCAGGACAUUUUCCAGGAUUUCACCCACAUGGCCUCCAACGACCCGGACAAGCUGAACCGCUACCAGCAGUACGAUCCACAACGACCCUGACACAACAGCAACACCGUCCACUAGCGCUCAGAGACGCUGUCUGCUCAACCCAAGAGAGACAAAAGGAUGUCUAGAAAGACGAUGUCCACUUCCCCUCCAACGUCAUUCAGCGGUGAAGCCGGUCAGUGCUGCCACAGCUGGACUCGUGUCACCACGUCUAACGUGACGUUACCUUUCGUCAAAUUGUUGAAGGCACUUCUGUGAACAGCAAAACUCACUUCUUUUUUUUAACUGCGCUUCCCAAUAGGACAUUUUUAUUACAAUAAGUGAAUGGUACAGUGUUUAAAUCCCUUUGAAAGGAUUUGCAAAGUCCUAACAAAUCUAAAUGAUAAUUGAACUCUGAAUGUAAAGCUGCCAUCAAGGCUGUCGGUUGCUUUAAUCUUUUUAUAGCUUUCUUCCUGACAGAAGAGAUUCAAACACAAUUUCAGAGUUGUAAAGAGGUAAGUGAAUGACGGACUGUUUAAUACUCCAUUUAUGUUUUUUCCUCUUUUCAAUAGGAUUCUCUUGUAAUGAUCUUAGGCAUCUUUUUCUAUAUCAAAGUUUUGCUUUAGUGAACUCUCGGCAGCCUGUACACGCAAUAUGCUUUUACUUAUUUGCACAAAUCCCUUUGUCUUAAAUCGCCACUGAUUACCAUGAUGGUAACACUUUGACAUGUUAAACAAUGUACAGUGAUUAUGGAAGUAAACAUGUUAUUGAUGUGUCUGCAAUGUUAAAUAGAUGAUAGUUUUUAGAUUUUCAAAUGCUAUGAUUCUUCCAUGUCGCCUCCACAUCAGAACCUGCAGGACGUGUUCGUGCCGUAAUCAGCGUCCUGAUUUAUGUGGAUUUAAAAUAGCUUCAGUCGUCGAGAUGAUUGUUAAUUUGUAGAUUCCGUCUCAGGCUGAUUAUUAAAAAGUUAAGAUGUAGAGUUAAGGAACUCUUCAAUAUUAUAGACUUAUCCGAGCAUAUGCGGCUAUUUUUUACUCCCGUUGAGUUCUAGAAAUACCUGUAACACUGUUGUUUUAGAGCAAUAACAAUUUCAUAGGAAGUUUACUGGGAAAAAAAACUGUCAUUUGGUGAUAAUUAUAGGAAAUAUAGGAUUUCCCCUGAAAUAAGCUCCAUUAAACCAAAGUAAAUGUUUAUUUAAAGUUGGAAAUAUACGUAAAGUUAAACUCCUUAAGAUUUCAGCCAGUGUAUCUGUUUACAGCGCAGCCAAACAAACUCAAGUUGUUUGAAUACAAGAGUCAAUGAUCCAUCGUUUUAUGAUUACUGAGCACUGACCAAUACUGAAAAUUACAACUUCAUUUAGUUUCCUGUUAACCACUCGUGCGUUGGUAGGCAAUUUGAAUCUAGUGCGUGAAUGGCGGACCUCGCCACCAAAAAUGAAAACUAUACUAAAUACUAUAGAGAGAGAUGCGUACUGAAUGUAAAUGCCUUUAAUGGCUAUUGCUGAAAAAAUGCUGAGCAUAAAUGACUAAAGUUAACUUUAGUUCUCCAAUAUAUGUGUUCAGCAGUGCACUUAUUAAAAUAAUCUCUUAUGCAGGGAGAUAAUUGAAAAUAAUGAAUUGAUACUUUUACCAAUUAAACACCGUCUCUGUUUACCUUUAUAGCAGCAAAUUACAUAAAACUUUCAAGUAAACUUAAACCUGUAAAGUAAAGUUUGGAAAUGUCUGUGGAAAUUCUGUAAAGAUGUAUGACACUCAUUUCAUGUGAUGAGAAACAUGAGAAACAUUUUCACUUAAAGAGUUUUUGAUCAGACGACUGCACUGACAUUUGAUAAGAGCAGAAAUAAAAUCUUGAUGAUGUUAUGUGUACUGUACUGGAGGAUCAACUUGUGUCUUUAAAACAGAAACGUUCAAAUCUUCUCUUCUCUUUGACAUUACUAGUAUAUAGUAAGAUAUGAUAUGAAGCGCAGAGGAAACCUUUAGCAUUAUGCAACAUGGGAUACAAUUCUUGUACAUUUUGUACAGAUGCUUUUGAGUUCUCCAGAGAACUGAAGUAUAAAGGUAGUGGUACUUGAAGCAUUAAAUAAGCUUUUGUAAAUGCGGUUCUUUGUAUCCUUCGGUAAUUUUAGCCCAUUUUAUAUUGCCUGUCUUGUAAACCAUAAUACAUCAUGUACUGUAUAUUCUACCUGUAAUAUGUAAGAACUUCAAUACCCAAUGUUGAUUAUUUUAUUUACUUUUACUUGUUAUUACUUUGUCUGAGGUUUAAUUUCAACCACUUUGCCUCCUUUGGCUUCAUUAAAGUCAUUACAUGGAUGUGUUUGUUAGCAUGGAGUUGAUGUCACUGUGAGAGACACCGGUGCCAAAUUCAACGGACAUGAUAUUUGACAUUGUUUAAAUUGUUUCAUUCAAGUUGCUAGUGUGAAGAUAAAAAAAAAUGUUUUAAUGCUC